AUGGCGGUGUCUCUGUCAACGAACGCAGUGAAGGUGUACUCACCAGUGACAGGUCAGUACUAUGGAGAGUGCAAGGGCCACUCUGCAACUAUCAACCACAUCUCUUUCUCAGGUCCUUCAACUCCUCAUGUCUUGCAUUCAUGUUCUUCUGACGGAACCAUUAGAGCUUGGGACACCCGCACAUUCCAACAGGUGUCUUCUUUUCAUUCUGGUUCUUCUCAAGAGAUUUUCAGCUUUUCAUUUGGAGGAUCAGCUAACAAUCUUCUUGCUGCCGGAUGUAACACUCAGAUACUAUUCUGGGAUUGGAGGAAUGAUAAACAAGUCGCAUGCCUGGAGGACUCUCAUGUAGAAGAUGUUACCCAGGUUCACUUCAUUCCUGACCAUCAAAGCAAGCUUCUUUCUGCUUCUGUCGAUGGAUUGAUAUGUGUAUUUGAUACAGAUGGGGAUAUCAAUGAUGAUGAUCAUCUGGAAUCAGUGCUUAAUGUGGGAACUUCAGUUGGGAAGGUUGGGUUUUUUGGAGAGACGUAUCAAAAGCUUUGGUGUUUGACCCAUAUUGAAACCUUAAGUAUCUGGGACUGGAAAGAUGGAAGUGAAACAAAUUUCAAGGAUGCUCGUUCUUUGGCUUCUGACUGCUGGACACUGGAUGAUGUUGAUUAUUUUGUUGAUUGCCACUACGCGAGAGAAGCAGAACAAUUAUGGGUAAUUGGUGGCACGAAUACUGGCACUUUGGGUUACUUUCCUGUAAGUUAUAGAGGAACGAGGGCUAUAGGGUCCCCUGAAGCAGUUCUUGGAGGUGGACAUACAGGUAUUGUUCGAAGUGUGUUACCCAUGUCAAGCAUGCCGGGCAGGUCCAGCCAAGGUCAAAGCAAUGGCAUUUUUGGAUGGACUGGUGGAGAAGAUGGCCGCUUAUGUUGCUGGUCAUCCGAUAAUUCUCCUGAGAUAAACCGAUCAUGGAUUUCAAGCACACUGGUUUUGAGAUCACCAAGGACCCGCCACACAAUAAGGCAUCAUCCCUACUAG